AUGGAAACUCCGUCGCAAAUUCCUGCUGCCGCCGCCUUAUCCGCGCCUCCUGUUGACGGAGUCGCAGCGGGAGGAGUCGGAGAAGCAGGAGGGGAAGGAGCGGCACGGGGCGCGAGCGCGCGCGUUACUAUCCACACGACCGUCAAUCCCGCUUCGUCGUUGGAUCCUGGGGUUGACGACGACCCGCUGCUUGCUCAUUCGUUAAUGUGUACCCUUGCCUUUACUCCCCUUGCCUUCACUCCUCCCUCUGCUUCCCCCAACCGCAAUGUUCACUUGAGGAGGCUCAUUCGUUCAUGUGUACCCUUGCCUUUACUCCUCCCCCUGCUUCCCCCAACCCAUUCUCCUGCCCCCCCCUUCCCACGCCUUCCUCGCUUUCCCCCCAAGGACGAGGCGGAGCGGGGCGCGCUGGGGCAGCUGGCGGCGCUGCUGGGCGAGGGGGGGGACGCGGGGACGGUGCGCCACAUGCUGCUGCGGGGCAACGGGGCCUUCUGCCAGGGCAACUACGAGGAGGUGCGCGCUCUGGGCGGGCGGGGGGAGGGAGGGGGGAUGGGGAAGUGGGCGGGAUGGGGGGAGUGGGGGGGAUGGGGGAAGUGGGGGGGAUGGGGGAGUGGGGGGGAUGGGGGAAGUGGGGGGGAUGGGGGAAGUGGGGGGGAUGGGGGAAGUGGGGAGGAGAAGGCUUUUCAAAAUGGAUUCUUGAGUCGACUCAAAUAUUACCUGCGGGGCAACGGGGAAUUCCGCCGGGGCAACUACGAGGAGAUGCGCGCUCUCUGGGCCAUAGAAGCUUAUUCCCGCGCGCUGCAGCGAUUCAGCCAGCUCGCCUCGUCACAGGCACACUCAGCUACUGUUACACCCGCUAUUGUCACACCCACUGCUGCCACACCCGCCAUUGUCACACCCACUAGUGUCACACCCUCUGCUGUCAUUCCAAACCCGAGCAGCACCAGCGGCAGCGGCAGCGGCGGCAGCAGCCCGUUUGUGAGCGCUAGCAGCAGCCCAGAAGAGGGGUUCCGACUCCCACCCACCCCCCUCUCUGCCCUGCAACCUUCCUCCACCCCCCCCACCACCACCGCCACCCCCACGGCCUCUGUGCCCUCCCGUCUGCCCCUGGACGCUACCUCCGUGCUGCUCAGUAACCGAUCCGCUGCUCUCUGCUGUCUGAGCAAGCGCCUGCGCAGCAUCCCAGCAGCACAGUCGGAGCGCAGGGCUCUCUACGGCCUCGACCCUCUCUCCCUCGCGCAGCUGGCUCUCAAGGAUGCGGAGAAGCUAGUCAAGCAGAGCGAGGAGUGGCCAAAGGCGCACCUCAGGAAAGCAGCAGUGUGUGUUCUCUUGGAGCGAUACAGCGACGCUCGGGAGGCCUUUCUCAGCGGCCUACACAUCGACCCCACCAACCCGUUGCUGCAAGCGGGGCUGCAGGAAAUAACAGCAGAGGAGAAUAUUCAGAUCAGACACUCGCCAUCUGACUGUCACACGACCCACUGCCUUUCCCUGUAUGCCCUGGAGAGGACAGAGGAGUUUGACUGCAGUCUGUGCCUGAAGCUGCUGUUUCACCCGGUCACCACCCCCUGUGGGCACACUUUCUGUCGCUCCUGUCUCGUGCGUGUGCUGGAUCAUGGUAAUAAGUGCCCCGUGUGCCGCACUGUUCUCUUCGUCAGCCCUAUGCAACACCCUGUCAGUGUGACUCUUCAGGCCAUUCUAGAGCGGCUGUUCCCAGAGGAGUAUGAGGAGAGGCGGCAGGAGGUGGAGGGGGAGAAGGUGGUGGGGCGAGAGAUCCUGCCUCUGUUCGUCAUGGAUUCUGUUCUUCCCGGGCAGAAGAUGGCUCUUAACAUCUUCGAGCCCAGAUACCGCCUCAUGAUCCGCAGGAUCAUGGAAGGGGAUCACCGCAUGGGCAUGGUGGGUGUGGAUCGGCGCACUGGAACUAUGCAGGACGUGGCCUGUGAAGUCAAGAUCUCAGAAUGUGACCCCUUACCCGAUGGCCGUUUCUACAUAGAGGUGGAGGGAGUGCGUCGCUUCAGCAUCACCAGCAGCUGGGAGCAAGACGGGUAUCGAGUGGCUCAAGUGGAGUGGGUGCAAGACGUCAUUCCAGAGCCAGGCUCAGAAGCAGCCAACAAGCUAUCAUCGCUAGCAGAGGAGGUGGCAGGGGUGGCAAGAGAGUGGGUGGCUCGAGUUCUCUCCACUGCUCGUGCAAAUCGUCGCAGCAGGUUGAUUGAGCAUGUGAGGAGUGCCGGAGACAUCCCUCCUGCCAGCCAACCCGAACGCCUCAGCUUCUGGCUAGCAAACCUGCUUCCCAUCGGCCCGGAGGAGAAGGUGUCGUUCCUGCGAAUGACCGACCCGGGCCAGCGUCUCACUCAGGAGCUUGCUCUGCUGCGCGCCCAUCCCCUCUCAUCGUGCCACCUGCAGUGA